CGAUAUUUACAGAAAUUGAUAUAAAUGUAUUUUGCGUUAUUGCUUUGUUGGGGUAGAAAUCUUCGUUUAUUAAAGUUUAUCUCAUUAGUCCUAUUAAAUAGUUUAAAAAAAUGGCGACUGGUGUAUUGCCUUUUGUUCGAGGUGUUGAUUUUACAAAAAAUGACUUCAGUAAAGAUAAAUUUCCGGCUGCUAUUAAGCAAAUGAACCGAGUUCAAUGGCUAACCUUGGAUAACACUUCUCUUUGUGAAAUUCCUGAAGAAUUGGGGAAUUUGUUUAAACUUGAGUAUCUUUCCCUAAAACACAAUGAUUUGGAAAAACUGUAUGGAGAAUUGACGGAGCUUUCAUGUUUACGCUCUUUAAACUUGCGUUGCAAUCAAAUAAAAAAUAGUGGCAUUCCACCAGAACUGUUUCGAUUAGAAGAACUAACAACAUUGGAUUUGUCACAUAACAAACUUAAAGAAGUACCGGAGGGUUUGGAGCGCGCCAAAAGUCUUCUUGUAUUAAAUCUUAGUAAUAAUCAAAUUGAAUCUAUUCCAGCAGCCCUAUUUAUACAUUUGACUGACUUACUUUUCGUUGAUCUCUCGAAUAACCGAUUGGAAACAUUGCCUCCACAAACACGUCGACUGGCGAAUCUACAAUCUUUAAACUUGGCUGACAAUCCUUUAGAAUUAUUCCAACUCCGCCAAUUGCCAUCCUUGCAAAAUCUUGAAAGCCUUAACAUGCGCAAUACUCAACGUACUCUUCUAAAUUUCCCCACAUCACUGGACAGCUUAUCAAAUCUAGCGGAAUUGGAUAUAUCGAAAAAUAUGUUGCCGAAAAUACCCGAUUGUGUAUAUAAUUUGCCCAACUUAAAACGUAUCAACCUUAGUGACAAUGCCAUUACCGAAUUAAGUUCGAACAUUGAAUAUUGGCAAAAAAUUGAAGUACUAAAUUUAUCUCGCAAUCUACUGACAACAUUACCUGCAGCUAUAUGUAAACUAAUACAUCUGCGUUGCCUUUAUUUAAACGAUAAUCGUUUAGACUUCGAUGGAAUUCCUUCAGGCAUUGGAAAAUUAUGUUCUCUGGAGACAUUUUCAGCAUCAAACAACGUUUUAGAGAUGAUACCAGAAGGUUUAUGCCGUUGUGGAGCUUUGAAAAAGCUCAAUUUGAGCUCAAACAGACUCAUAACUUUACCAGAGGCCAUUCAUUUGCUUGAAGGUUUAGAUCAACUUGAUUUGCGAAACAAUCCCGAUCUGAUUAUGCCACCCAAACCAUCUGAAGCAAUAAAAGGAGCUGGCGUUGAAUUCUACAAUAUAGAUUUUUCCCUACAAACCCAAUUACUUCUUGCUGGUGCUGCUGUACCUCCAGUAGUGCCAGUGACCUCUAAUAUUAAGGAUUCUACUGCACGUAAAAUACGCUUGCGCCGAGGGCCACGAGCCGAUUCUGAUCAAGAUUCAGCUAAAAUACUGAAAGGUAUGAAGGAUGUGGCGAAAGAUAAGGAAGAGUCUCUCGGCCCACUCGAUGAUUUGCAACACGAAUCGCUUAAACCAAAACGUUGGGAUGAAUCAUUAGAAAAACCUCAACUAGAUUAUUCAAAGUUUUUUGAAAAAGAAGACGGACAACUUCCGGGACUUACUAUUUGGGAAAUUGAAAAUUUUUUGCCUAACAAAAUCGAGGAAGUGGCACAUGGAAAGUUUUAUGAAGGCGAUUGUUAUAUCGUGCUCAAAACAUUUGUUGAUGACUUGGGCCUACUUGCAUGGCAAAUCUAUUUUUGGAUCGGUAAUGAGGCUACUUUAGACAAACGCGCUUGUGCUGCAAUACAUGCCGUUAAUUUGCGCAAUUACUUAGGAGCACGUUGUCGUACAAUACGUGAAGAGCAAAACGAUGAAUCUGAAGAAUUUUUGGCACUCUUUGAUACGGAAGUUACGUACAUUGAAGGUGGACGCACUGCUACAGGUUUCUACACGGUCGAAGACAUGUUGUAUACCAUGCGUUUAUAUCGUGUGCAUGCCGCUGGUUCAUCAGUCCACUUGGAGCCCGUCGCUGUACAUUUCGACUCCCUAGAUCCUCGAUAUACAUUUAUGUUAGACUGUGGAAUCAAAUUGUAUAUCUGGCUUGGGUGCGCAUCAAAGAACACAUUGAACUCCAAAACACGCCUAAUGGCCGAAAAAAUUAAUAAAACAGAAAGAAAAAAUAAAUGUGAUAUCAUAGUGGAAAUGCAAGGGGAGGAAAGCGAUGACUUUUGGAAUAAUUUGGGGGUUGACCCACAAGAAAUAUCCAAAAAGAAAAUUAUUCAGCAUGUGUUGGAUGGUUUUGAGCCUACCAUCUCUCGCCUUUAUCAGGUUCAACUUGGCAUGGGAUAUUUAGAGUUACCACAAGUGCAAUUGGCCAAUCAAAAAUUGGUGCACACUUUAUUAAAUAGCAAAAAUGUUUAUAUUUUGGACUGCUAUACAGAUCUGUUUGUAUGGUUUGGUAAGAAAUCCACCAGACUAGUUCGAGCAGCCGCGAUAAAAUUAUCGCGAGAACUCUUUGAAAUGAUAAGUCGUCCUGAUUUUGCCUUGGUAACUCGCUUGCAGGAAGGAACUGAGUCGCAAAUAUUUAAAUCUAAAUUUGUAGGCUGGGAUGAAGUAAUGGCCGUUGAUUUCACACGCACCGCUAACUCUGUUGCCAAAACGGGCGCAGACUUAACCAAAUGGGCUCGUAAGCAAGAGACUAGGGCCGAUCUAGCCGCACUUUUUAUGCCUCGUCAAAACCCAAUGCCGCUUAGUGAGGCUGAGCAACUGGAGGAGGACUGGAAUUACGAUCUUGAAGCGAUGGAAGCAUUUGUAUUAGAAGGCAAAAAAUUUGUUCGAUUACCGGAAGAAGAAUUGGGUAAUUUUUAUACGGGAGAGUGUUAUGUAUUCCUUUGUCGGUACUGUAUACCUGUUGAAGAAGAAGACGGUGAGAUAGAUGACAUAAAGCAAUCGGAUGACGAAAUUCAAUGUGUAGUAUACUUUUGGCAAGGACGUAAUGCCGGUAAUAUGGGAUGGUUGACUUUUACUUUUACUCUACAAAAAAAAUUCAAAGCAAUGUUUGGAGAAGAGCUAGAAGUAGUGCGGAUUCAUCAGCAGCAAGAAAAUUUGAAAUUCAUGGCCCAUUUUAAACGCAAGUUUAUAAUUCACACAGGAAAGCGCAAAGACAAGUCAAAUAAUAGUUCAUUAAAGCCGUCUGUAGAGUUCUUUCACUUGCGAUCUAAUGGUGGAGCGUUGUGUACACGUUUGAUUCAAAUUCAACCAGAUGCAGUAAAUUUAAAUUCAGCAUUCUGUUAUAUUUUAUAUGUUCCCUUUGACACGGAAGACGAAUCACAAUCGGGAAUUGUUUAUGUUUGGUUGGGUUCAAAGUCUACAGCAGAGGAGUCUAAGCUUGUCCAGGAAAUAGCUGAAAAAAUGUUCAACAACCCAUGGGUUAGUUUACAGAUUCUAAAUGAAGGGGAAGAGCCAGAAAAUUUCUUCUGGGUGGCUUUGGGUGGUCGCAAGGAUUACGAUACAAAUGCAGAUUUUAUGAAUUAUACCAGACUAUUCCGAUGCUCCAAUGAAAAAGGUUACUUCACUGUUGCAGAAAAAUGUUCUGAUUUUUGUCAGGACGAUUUGGCAGAUGACGACAUUAUGAUAUUGGACAAUGGUGAACAAGUUUUUUUGUGGCUUGGUUCUAGAUGCAGUGAAGUUGAAAUUAAACUGGCGUACAAGUCAGCACAGGUUUAUAUACAACAUUUGCGCAUUAAACAACCUGAAAGACCGCGAAAACUAUUUCUUACAUUGAAAAAUAAGGAGUCGAAACGUUUCACGAAAUGUUUUCAUGGUUGGAGUACUCAUAAAUCGCCCCCGGAGUAAUUAUUUGCGUUUAUAUAGUUAAUCUAAAACUAAAACUAUUUGUUAAACUAAAACCGAACUAAUUAAGAACGUACUUUUCAUUGAAAUCCAGUUUCAAGACUUUAAAGUUUCGACAAAUUAGCCAUCAUAGCACAAAAUCGGACCGAACUAACUUAAGUAUUUAUAAUACUCACGAAUAAUAGCAUGGACUUGUUGUGUAAACGGCGUAGUUCAAAAUUUUAAUUUACCUUAUUUUAUUUUAAAUUAAAACAUAUUCUAACGGAUUUAUUUAUAAAAAAACAUGGAAUAUUUUAAAUGCUUAAUACGGUGCACGAAAGCGUAUGAAAGGGCUUUUUAGGUUUAUUUAACAUCUCUUUUCCUCCGGGCCAAACCCAUCAUGUUUACGGAACUUACCGUUAGAUGAGAUUGACGAUGACGACCGAUGACUUCACCAUGCUUGGGCUUUGUAAACAGUCUCCACAACACGAAUUGUUUCACUUUAUACCUUUUAUAUAUUUUUAUGUUUUUAGAAUAAACUGAUAUUUACAAAAAAGAAAAUUGGUCAACAUUUUAUAGCGUACCGAUGAUUUUUACGAUUCUAAUUCCGUCAUAGCCACGGGCGUACAAAAACCUGCGAUAUGUAAAAAAGUUAUAAAGCAAAUCGAAAUUCGCUUAAAAAUCAAUACAUACUACCGCUUUCUAACAAAGUCGGUAAAAUUUUUUCGUAAAAUCCGGUUACCAAUCAAUGAGUUAAUAAAAUAACAUGAAUUUCUGAUACUGAAGCAUGUGAUUUCUGAAGCAUGUGACGAUGGUGCGAAAGAAUAUGUUAACAUCCUAAUGAGCACGGUGAAAAAAAGCAAAUCAGCUGGUUGUUGUUGUUGUAGCAGUAUUAAAGAAAUUUCAAAUCAGCUGGUCUACUCAAGAAUGACAGAAUGAAAGAUUGCGCCUUCCGAAUUCGCUUUGACGACGUCAUUGGCAUAACCAAAAAACUGCAUUUUGAGAUAUUUUUAUAAUUGACAAUUUAACACGCGGCUCUUUAUUUGUUUAGUUUAUUUAAUUUAAAAAUUACAAAUCUUAAAAUCAUAAUAUUACCAUUAAGUCAAUUACUGAACAUUUACAAACAAGUAAUUUCUCUUCCGUUUGUUUGUUUUGUAUUAUUAUAACUCAUGAUGUCAACCGGUUGUAAAAAUCGCUAAAAAAACGUAGCGGUUUUCGGAAGGUGCCACCUUUAGUUUCUGUACGCCGUUAAUAUCACCUUUAAUAGCUUCGCCUUGACACUGACUGUAUAAAGCUUUCGUUGCACAGUAAAAAAAAUAUUUAUUUGCUUUGCUCAUUGUGAAACAGUGCGAAUGGUAGAUAAAGAAAACGUGUCAAAAUCAUUUACGAAUGCACGAAUGACAACAAACGUUCGCAUGUUUAAGGGGUUAUAUACAGUUAGAAGGCCGAAAAAAAGCGAAUUUUCCAGAAUUUUUUCAAAGAAAACUUUUGGAUUUAUUGAUCUAAAAAUUUGUACACAUAUUAUGUUAUCUUUCAACUGUAUUUUAAGACUUAGUAUUAGUAAAAAUAUUUAUUUGGAAAGGAGCUACAGCUGAUCUCCGGGAGCUCCUCUCAAAAAAGACGUUUUCCGGAGACCACUAUAUAUCUGGACUGAAUCCUCUGAAAU